AUGAAAGAAGAUGGUUUGUGGUACAUUACACAAUUUGAAUCUAACCAUUCUCAUGAAACUAGCCCUACGAAAGCAAGAUUGUUCAAGGCCAACAAGAAAAUGAACUUACACGUGAGAAGAACAAUCCAAAUCAAUGAUGAUGCGGGAGUAAGGAUCAACAAGACUUUUCAAUCGCUAGUUAAAGAUGCAGGCGGACAUGAAAAUAUUUCGUUUUGUGAAAAAGACGUGAGGAAUUAUAUUAACAAAGAAUGUCGUGCAAUUGGAAAAGAAGGUGAUGGUAAGGCUUUCAUAAGUUAUUUUUGUAAAAUUAGGGAACAAAAUACAAAUUUCUUCUAUGACAUAUAUUUGGAUGCUGAUUUUCAUGUGAGGAAUGUAUUUUGGGCGGAUGCAAGAAGUAAAGCCGCUUACGAAUAUUUUGGCGAUGUUGUAACUUUUGACACAACAUACUUGACUAACAAGUAUGACAUGCCUUUUUCUGCAUUUGUGGGUGUGAAUCACCAUGGUCAAUCAACAUUACUUGGUUGUGGAUUACUAUCAGGUGAAGACACAGAUUAUUUUGUGUGGCUUUUCAAGUCAUGGCUUCGUUGUAUGUUAGAAAAACCACCUAUGGGUAUUGUGACCGAUCAAUGUAAGGCUAUGAAAAAUACUAUUGAGUUAGUCUUUCAUAUAACUCGUCAUAGGUGGUGUUUAUGGCAUAUAAUGAAAAAAAUUCCAGAAAAGCUUAGCGGAUAUGGUGAACACAAAAGGAUCAAGUAUGCAAUGAAAGAAGCGGUCUAUGAUACAUUCAUAACAGAUAGUUUUGAACAAAAAUGGUGUUAUUUCAUAGAAAAAUUUAAUCUCCAAGAGAAUGAUUGGUUGGGAGGGUUGUAUAUUGAGCGUCGUCGGUGGGCACCAACCCUGUUAAGGAAAUAUUUUUGGACUGGUAUGUCAACUACGUAG